UCCUGUAAAAGAAUAACAGAACCCUUGAUCGUCUCUGACCUUGAGAAUAGACAGACCUCUAGGUAUCUCGGCUUCAAGGUGCCUAGUGUGUUUGGCGUUAUACUAGCGGCUUGAGGGUUGCUCACUUUGACCCUACACAAAUCCUAUAGCCUCGCGGGGUAGUGAAAUUCUUUACACAAGUUUAUCGAGUUAAGGGGGAAUUUUUUGCAAAACUCUAUCGAGUGGAGGUGAAUUUCUUCUCACAAGUUUAUCAAGUGAAGGUGGAAUUUUCUCACAAGUCUAUCGAGUGGAGUUGGAAUUUACCCAAGUCUAUCGAGUGGAGGUGGAAUUCUCACAAAAGCCUCUCAGGAUCGGUGGAGGUGCUUGGAUUCCGUGAUGGAUGCUGUUUGGAUAGCCUCUAGCUGCUGUUUGUUGUUGGGGCUCACUAUUGCUGCUCCGCCUAUUCCCUCCCCUCAAGUGACGUAUGUGGACCCCUUGUCAAAUACGUCGGUGAUCAUCGCUUGGAAUACCAUAGACAACAGUACAGGGUACCACGUCUUCUAUAAAGUCCAUGCGAACAGCUAUGCGGGCUACAAGUCAAAGACCUUUGCUGGCGCGCAACCGUCCUGUCUGGGUGCCCACGCGUGUAACAUCACUGGGCUCAAGCCCGGGGUAAUGUACUGCUUCAAAGUCGCGGCGUACAACGAAGACGGCUUGUCUGACGGAUGGGACAGCAACAAUUGUUCUCUAGAGGCAACACAGGGUGGAAAGCCAACAACUGCGCCUUGGACUAAUAACAAAACCACACCCAUCGCCACUGAGGACACCACACUACAAUCCACAAGUUUACCAACUGAUGGAUCCUCUCCGCGCCCGUGUCCCACCCAAGAACUAGUGGAGCCUACAAAAGGAUCAGAACUUUCAAACAAACAAACAUUCAACUGGCUGCUAUACGUCGUCGUGCCGAUGGCGGGCCUAAUUGUGAUCCUAGUCAUCAGUAUAGUCGUCCUUGUAUGGAGACUACACAUUAAUCAACGGUUUUACAAGCUCUACAACAGACAAAAGACAGCAGAGCUCGGUCAUAUGACAAAAGCCAACGAAAACGCCGUCUAAGCUAGAGCCGCCAUUUAUCACAUGCCUUCGCAGAAACUCUCGCUCCCCCUCCCCUCUCUCUCUCUUCUUUUGAGACAUGGGGCGGAGGCUAGAAUAUAUCAGAGGAAAAUUUUGCAUAUGCCGUCUGGAAAAAUAAAGAGGUUGCGGUGUUUUUACAAUUUAAGGCGCGUACCCAGGAUUGGCUGAGUGUGUGUGUGUGUGUGUGUGGGGGGGGGGGGGGGGGGGGGGUGUGCACUCAUAUGUAUCAUAUAGAAAUUUGAAUAUUCCUUCCACAAAAAGUGUAUGUGUGUGCGUGCACGGAGGGUGGGGGGGAGGGCUGUGUACGCGCCUGACUCGCUCUCAGGGGCAAGUGUGAGCAAGCAUUUUUCUGCGCUCCCGGGUUAAAACGGUGAGCCUGUGCUCGGUUCUUCAUUUUAUUUCUCUUUAAAAUUUGUAGUUUCCUUCGGGAGUUCCUUUAUCUUAUCAAUAUUGAAUAUCGCAGUAAAUGUUAUAACUGUGUUGAAUAAAUACAAAUAAAUCCGUGAAGGGAUGAGCAAAAGGGA